ACGCAUACCGAUCGGGAUUCUUUUAUCGCUGCAGAAAACUGCGCUUCCUGAUGGAGCUGGAUAUAAAUGCCCACACUGCAAAUGCACAGCCUCCAAGUUCAAAUAUAAAAUAUGUUUAAUAGGGACUGAUAGCACAGAUGAAGCAGAAUUUGUGCUUUUUGGUGAUAUGGGGCGCCAGCUUGUUCGUAAAGAUGUCAGGCUAUUAAUGAGGUCUUCCCGCACUGUUGACGCUAUUCCAAGCGAAAUAGCCUCAUUGGUUUCCCAAAAAUAUCAGUUCACAGUUAAUGUAACCAGCAAGUGUUUUGAAAAGCCACAACGCUCAUAUGAGGUGAAGCACAUCCACUGUGCCUACGGCCGUCAACCUACCAUUCCAACAAUCAAAAGGUCCACCGAUGCAUUUCGUGAUGAGGUAGGAAAAGCGAUUUUGUCAAUUGCUUAUUCAUCUGGCCCUUCAGAACCACACAAAGUCCACCAGGUCAAAAUUUCCUCUCUACCUCAGAACGUGAAAGAUACACCACCACCCAAGGACUCUCCAAACCUGACUGCGUUAAAGAACAAACAGCCUCCUUUCUCUGCUGAUCACCCAGCUGCUGCCAAAGAAGGUAGGAAUGUGCGCAGGCAGCUACUAAUGCGUGCAAAUUUAACUGCCUAGGGUUCAGACAAACACAAUGACUCUCUUGAUGAUGACCUGGGAGAUGAUUUAGCUCCUCCCACUACUAGGUCUCCACUUGGUUCUGAUCAUGAUGAUACUUCUGAUGUUCCCCGUGGUGAUACCGUACCCUAGUGACCCUUCUUUGAAUUCCUCAACAAAAUACCUAGCGGUACAAAGUUAAUGGCAUGCACUUUUAUUUUGCUGUGCAUAUCGAUCUGAGCUGGACCCUAACAGCCAUGAACCUUCCUAUGUAUAACCCCCUUAGUCGUUAGCCCCACCGUUUUGUCACCUCCUGGCUGUGUAACGUACCUCUUCCUCACCUGCAUGCUUCGUCUCCGAACUAAAAGUAGGGCCUGGCUUUUGAAGAACCACUUCUGUAAAUAUCUACUUGGGUUCAUAUCACUCCUUUUCGUGUAUAUUCUUAGAUUACUGUGAUGCCUUUCAUUUUGUUCUAUAUUCUUGCAUUACUGUGACGCUUUCUACAAAAACAAACAUUCGUCCUACUUGUCUUUACCAUGCUGUUGAGACGACUAUAAUGCUCGUAGAACCUUACCCUGAUGUUUCAACCUCACACGUUGCCUUCCCUUACUCUGCUAUACAUUCCUUUCUUUCAUUGUAUUCCUCUUUUCUACACCCUAUUGAUCCAUACUUAUUCAUUAAUCCUCACCUGCGGUACGAUGCCUCCAUCUCACCAUGAUAAAAUCGAAUCUGUGUUCCACCGUCGCCCCGUGCGCCAGCUCAACCGGCCUUGUUAUAGAACUGCAAUUUUACAGGUAUGUACUUCUCUUUAUUCGUUUUGCCACACCACUCCUUUCUUUAUCAGUCCAAUGUACGACAUCUCGCCCUGUAUCUAGAAUCUUCACCGUAAAUAUCUAUAUAUAUGUUUGUGAUACAAACAGCAUAUGCUCUACUAGAGCACACCGGUCUGUACCUCUGCGUACUAAACGAUGACUUCACCCACUCCUUCCUCCCUCCACACUUCCUCUAGCUUACCAUGUCAUGAAAAACCAGAAGAACUCGUACCAAAGAACCGGUCCUGCGCGCGGAGGAAAGCUUGCUGGUGCUCUCCGAGAAAAAAUGGCUCUAAAGAUGUAGAGCUCUUGCCCGACCGGUUUCGUUGUCGCAAAAAAAGGAGACUGCGAGGCCUUUGGCGUUUCUCGUUAAAGUAGUAAUAUAUUAUGAUCCCAUUAUCUACCCGGGCGAACGUGCACGUCAGUCUGCUUUUGCUCGUGCGGAUAAUGGUUGCCGGUGAGCUGUCCACCUCGGCGUAAACUACUAUUUUUCCUUUACUGGCUAGACUAACCAGUUAGCCAGUGCAACACGGCUGCUCCUGACACCUCACUGUAUUCUGUGUUAUCGUCCUUCUGGUAAUCCUAGCAUAUUUUGGUCCUAAGAAGCUUAAGAGACGGAAGCAGAGGAUGUGUUUCGACAAAAAUGGUGGUCAAAUACUGAAGGGAGCGGAGAUCAACAUCUUCACGCAAGAGCAGCUCAAGAAUAUCACAAACCACUACACCACACCCAUUGGAGAAGGAAACUUCGGCAAGGUCUUCAUGGGGAAGAUCGACGGCGACCAACAAGUCGCGGUUAAGUGCUCCUCCCCGAAAGGCAAGGAGCUCCCGCGGGAGGAGUUCGUGAAAGAGAUCACCAUCCAGUUCCGGAUCAGGCACGCCAACUUGGCCCGCCUCAUCGGAUGCUGCCUGGAGACGGACGUCCCCAUGCUGGUCUUCGAGUACUUCCCCAAUGGGAGCCUCUACAGACUGCUUCAUGUCACGAGGCAUCAAGUGCUUCCACUGCCGGCACGCCUGAACAUUGCAAUCGGCUCCGCAGAAGCCCUCGCCUACAUGCAUUCGCCUGGUGGCCAGAACCAUGUCCAUGGUGACAUCAAAUUUGACAACAUCCUCAUCGACAACAACCUCAUGCCCAAGGUCUCCGACUUCGGGUCAUCCAAGCUCAUGUCGAUCGACAGGUGCGCUUGGGAAGUGAAAGCUGAUAGGAGCUACAUGGACCCAAUGUACAUGAAGACGGACCGUUUCACGGAGAAGAGCGAUGUCUACAGCUUUGGCGUGGUGCUCCUGGAGCUCAUCACAGGGAAGAAGGCCAAAUAUGACGGGAACAACAGCCUCCCCAUAGACUUCGUCAAGUCCUGCAAGGAGGAGGGCAAUGGAAGGAAGAUGUAUGACAGAGAUAUCUUGGCUGAAGGCGAUGCUCAAUCUCAAGCUUACAUGGAGUGCCUUGAUAGGAUUGGCGAGCUUGCGGUCCGAUGCCUCAAGGAAGACGACGAUGAGAGACCGACCAUGGCAGAGGUGGUGGAGGAGCUUAAGCAAGUGAAGUUUGAAGCCUGCGGAGGCCCAUGUUCCGAGGCGAGCUAAAGGCACGACUCACGAGGUAUAUAUAUGAAGCAAGGAAACUGGCAUUUCAGCUUAAGGUAGCUACUUCAUGCAUGGUAGUAGCUAGCCAUCUUCAGGUUUAUCCAGUAUUUAUCCUUCUUUGUCAAUGUCGAGUUGAUCAGUACGGUGAUAUUUGUUAAGCUGCUUGCAAUAUUGUGUACUGCCACUUAGUUAACCAACGGUUGUUUCAUAAAACCUCAUAUAUAUUGGAGAUGUGUGAACCAGCUAUGUAAGUUUUUCUUCCUCAAAUAUGGAUAUUGUAGAGAAUAAUUUGAAGGGUAAUCUUGA